GAUUUCGACUAGAGCCGUCGCACGCGCUACACGCACCGCCGCUGGCGCGUGGACCGCCAUAGCUCCGCCGGCGUAAGCAAUGAUUCUGGUAAGCCAACCCCGAGGCCCCUUUCCUUGUCCGGUUGAGUUUCACUCUCGAAGUAAUGGGUUUCUAACUUAGAUUUUCUGGAUUGGAGUUUGGAACCCCAAGCUCGGAGGUGAAUGGAGACAGGAGCUCAAUACGGAUUCUGGAGGGGUUGUGGAUUUCUGCGUUUUUGGAGUGUUGGAGGAGAAGGAGCUGCUGGGUUAAUUUCAGUUGAAACUGGGAAGGAUUUGGUGGAUUUCUGCAUUCUGGGAAGUUUUGGAGAAAAGAGAAAUAGUUGGGUCAGUCCGGUUGAUAUCGAGAAAAGGGGAUUCAAUUGGUUGAUGGUUGUGGAGUACAGUCACGACGAAAUUGGUUUCCAAGUUGGGAAUGAAGAAAUGGACUCGUGCGUGUGCAUUUGGAAGUGGACAAAGUGUUGAAAGUCGAGAACGAAUCUAAUUGUGGAUGGGCACUCCACUUCCAGGUAGGGUGAGCUGUCCCUUCCUUGUUAGAGGCUUUUCUAUAUGUGGAAUGCUCUAGUAUCAUAAUAUGUUGCCUGCAAGUACGUUUUCGGUUGUUCAUUAGUCGAUGCCUCGUGAUAUCCGUGUUUCCAUAACUGAUAAUUGCUUAUUGUGAAAACCGAGGCUAGACUUGCAUGUUGAGAUACUGUACCCAUUGUAUGUUUGUACUUGUGACCUGAAAGUGAAUGGGACCUAGACGCAUAGAUUCCUAGGGAUCCCACGGUGU